CGCGAUAACUUGCGUUGGAUCAGCUGCAGCAAGGGCGGAAAAGGCGGGAGGAGCUUGCCGCUUCCGCGUCCGCGCAACAGUAGCAGAAACAGAAAAUACAAGGGCAAAAUGGAAGAUAAGUUAAUUUUAGCUGUAUUUAAUUACCCGGAACUGUACAAUGUCACUUUACCGAAUUACCGUUGCACGGAAAGUCGGAUAAACGCUUGGAGAAACAUCAGUAUGGCACUUGGUUACCCAUCCCAUGAAUGCAAAAGGAAAUGGAAAAAUCUAAGAGACCGCUACCUGAAGGAAGUCCGGAUGGAGCUCAAAGGCAAAAAGCAGGGAGAGUUUGUACAAAGCAAAUGGAAAUACAGACAGCUGAUGAACUUUAUCGCCCCCUUCACCGGAUCCAGAGUGGGAGUGACGGACAUUUGUGGCAACUGUGACGACCACAACAACCCUGACCACGAAUCCGGGAGUGGUGAGGGAGACACCGCUUCGUCAGAGUCGACCAAGACUUCUCUAAAGGUUUCUACGAGUCCGUCCGAUCAAAAAGCUCCGCUGGCCUUCGUAACGCAGCUUCCCGCGUUGUCUCAGGACACAGAGCUGACUCAGCUGGCCAUGGUGGCCAAGAUGUCCCCCGUCUCCCAGAUAACCCCCACCAGCAACACUGGACGGAAACGGACUUUGUUGCCGGAGUCGGCGUCUCCUCAAAGUACAGACUUGUCAAAUAAGUGGCUGGUGAAGGAAGGCGGCGGGCCGCUCCCCGCCAGGAUGCGGCAGGACGAGGACGAGCUGUUUCUGCUGAGCUUCGUUCCAGCUCUGAAGAGACUGGCCCCACAGAAAAGGUGCGAGACUAAAAUGAAGAUCCAGCAGAUAAUGUACGAAGCAGAAUUUAACGUGCAGGAAAAAAAGGCGCCGCAAGACACAUAGAAUCGAUCAAAAUUUAACUUAUUUUUCUUUCCAAGCUUCAUUAAGACUUUUCUUCAAAAUGUCUUUCAAUUAAAAUAAAGUGUUGCUUUUU